AUGACCGAGCGUCGCCAAUCACAUAAGGAAUACGUCCCGACCAAGACGCUGCCAAGUGGAGUCACGAUUCCAAUGGUUGGACUGGGCGUGCACCUGUCCGAACCCGGUGCCGAAAGCUACAACGCCGUAUUGUCGGCUCUGAAGCUUGGCUACCGCCACAUUGACACGGCGCAAUACUACGAGAUCGAAGCAGAUGUCGGUCGUGCCAUCCGCGACUGCGGCAUCCCUCGUGAAGCGAUCUUCGUGACGACUAAGCUUUUCAUUGACAAAUGGGGCUAUGAAAAGGCCUUGGUAGCCACCAAGGAGAGUAACGAGAAGCUCGGUCUCGGCUACAUCGACCUCUACCUGCUAGCCUGCAAGAUGGAUGACCCUACUCUGGUCGCGAUCGCGAACGACGUUGGCGCCACUGCUGCUCAAGUGUUGGUGGCUUUUAGCUUGACCAAUGAUUUCAUCACCCUGCCCAAGUCCACGAACCCUGGACGACAGAAAAAACAACUUCGAGGGGGUGAACGUCAAACUGAUGCCUUCGCAAGCUGA